AUGGCUCUAAGACCCCCUCAUCCUCCAGUUGCAUCAGGAUCAGUACAGAGAGCUCUCGCUCCAGUUCAGACAUUUUCAAGCCGAUGUUAUAAUUGUCAUUCGUACGGGCACUUCACCAAUGAUUGUCGAUACCCAGUAGCGGCACCACCUAUUCGGCCCCCUGUUCAUAGACCUACAUUAACUCAGGGAAACCAGCCUCAAGGAAGGAUGUAUGCCCUAACAGCUGAGGAGGCUGAAGCUAGUACAGAAGUAGUAGCAGGUCUACCUGCAUAUGUCUUAUUCGAUUCUGGAGCUUCACAAUCAUUUGUGUUUAAGAGGUCUGCUAGGAAGCUUGAUGUGCCAUCUAAGACAUUAGAAUGCAAGUUAGUGGUUAGCACACCUACAGGCAUGGUGGAACAUUUGAAAGAAAUGUGUGGGCCGUGUCCAGUUGAAAUUAACAGAAAGAAACUGGAUGCCCAGAUUAUCAAAUUCAAUACUCAAAAUUUUGACGUCAUUCUGGGCAUGGAUUGGCUGGCAACUCAUCGAGCAAAUAUGAUGUGCGUAGAAAAACAAGUUACGGUGUUGGAUGAUAAAGGAGAAGAGAUUAUGUAUCAAGCUAAAAGGUCAAAGUGA